AUGACUUUGCAAUUGCUCAGUUGCACCAUCUGUCCCAAACUCCCUGUCUUCAGCGACACUUCUCACCUCCUGACCCACGUCGGUUCCAAAGGCCAUUUAUCCCACCUGCACAAGUUACAGAUCAGAAGCCACCAGGAAGUCUCUGCUGGUCUUCAGCUAGCUGCCUACAAUCAAUGGUAUCAGGACCAUGGCCUGGGUCAACUUCUUUCCGAGCGAAUGCUAUUCAAAGAAACAAAGCAAGCUAGUAGGAGAGCCAAUGCAGCUGCUAGAGGUGGCAUCAUUCAACAACGAGAAGCGAAAGGCCUCGUUGUCCAGGUUCAAGAAUCCCCAAACAAGAAACCUACUCGAAGACAGCGGAAAGUCCAACGCAAGUCCAACAAAUCAAGACGAGCUCGAGGAGACAACGAUAGUGACAGUGAUCAGGACUUCACCCCAGCCCGACGUCCAAAACGCAAGCAACCCCGGACCAGACCCGCCUCGCCGGUCAAGCGUAUUCUCGCCUCUGAUCCUCCACUCUCAUCUGAAGCAGAUUUCCCUACUGAACUGGACCCUGAUCACCUCGCCACUCCGGAGCAUGCCAAAUUGAAAGGUACAAUCUGGCCAGGGAUGGCUUUGUUUUGA